AUGGCGCUGUCUCUACACCUUGUCGCCUCUAAGACGCCCGCUGGGUCCGGCGGCGGCAGCCGUCUCCUCCUCCCGCAGCUCCGACGAGGAGGGAUCACACUCUCUUCGGUCAUUUCCCUCCGCCGUCGCCCCUUCUGGAUCUCGGCUUCCUCGUCUUCUGAUCGGGACUCGACGGCCGUGCUGGCGUCUCUUGGAUAUUCGUCCGACAAUGGCAUUUCAGGGAUGAUAGACGUGGAUGCUGUCACUGAGGCGGAGCUAAAGGAGAACGGCUUCCGCAGCACGCGGCGGACGAAGCUCGUCUGCACGAUCGGGCCGGCGACGUGCGGACUGGAGCAGCUGGAAGCGCUAGCAUCCGGCGGGAUGAACGUGGCGCGGGUGAACAUGUGUCAUGGCGAUCGUGGCUGGCACCGGGAGGUGAUCCGGCGAGUGCGAAAGCUAAAUGAAGAGAAAGGCUACGCGGUUGCCGUGAUGAUGGACACGGAGGGAAGCGAGAUCCACAUGGGAGAUCUUCCGUCAUCUUCUGCCAGGGCCGAGGUAAGGUUACUGACAGGUUUUAGUCCGCUGCUGCUGCGUGACCGUCUUAAAUUCAAUUUCCUUUCUACGCGGCUUAAACUGCAAUAUGAUACUUUUUCGCCAAUUAUCCUUUUAGUUGCUUAUGUUAGAAUGAUUGUUGUAAUAUAUCCAUUAGGAUAAUUUUAUUUAUUUAUAAUUUUCGGUUUAAUACAUGUUAUAUUAGGUUUUCCAACCGAUGGUUAUUCCUCUCAAAGUUAAAAAACUUGAUUUGGGAGAGUGUUUCUGCCAUUUUGAUUCUAUCCCAGAAACUUGGCGAUGAGAAGGGUGUGUGAUGUGGGUUUGGUGAUGGUGGUCGGUGUGAGAAGAUCCUAUGGGAUAGUAAAAGCUAGGGACAUUGACAAGGGCACCAAACUGAGGUCAGAGGCAUAUAAAAAAAUGAGAGGGUUGCUCGCAGUCCUGCAUGAACGAUGGGAAACCUGACCAAUAACAUGCAUAACAUCUGCCUUUCACCAGAUGUGGUCCAGGUAGUGAAGAAGUUUUGAACAGAGAGCUCACCUUGGCAAAUAGGAUUAAGUUCAUUUUGAAAUUCACACUUGGAAAGAGUGCUAACUUGAAUUUAGUGUUUGACUUGAGAAAGCCAUUGGAAGAGUUGUGAAUUCUAACAAGUCUUGAUGGAUAAUGGAUAGAAGAAUCAACUGAGUGAUUGCUGUGGACCAUGGUGGCAUUGUCUCUAUCUUUCCAUGUUUGAAGAAUGGCUGCUGGUGCUAUAGUUGAGAUCAUUAGACGAUCAGUGAGUACCAUGUGUGUGUGUGUGUGUGUGUGUGUGUGUGUGUGUGUGUGUGUGAGAGAGAGAGAGAGAGAGAGAGAGAGAGAGAGAGAGAGAGAGAGAGAGAGAGAGGGAGAACUUUCAUGUCAACAUUCUCUGUAAAUUUUGACUUCUAACUUGGUCAAGUCGCGGAAUAAUUCGAUUUUCUCUUCCUUGCUCCUAAUCCUGUAGGUAUUGAAUCUUAUUUUGCUAAUUGAAACUCUCAUUUUUAUCCAUUAAAAUAUCUUCCUUUCUGAAUUGCAAUCUUCAUCUUCACAUGCCUGAAAUCUGAAGCAUCUUUGACUGUCUCAAUGUUAGUGGGUACAUCUACCUUCCACUUUGCAAAGAAAAAGAAUGUCAGUCUUGCCAAUUGAUUUGUGCAUAUUCCAUUCCAAUAAACUCAUCCUUUGAUUUUUAGAUUCUUUCCCUUUCUGGUCCCUGUUACAUGCAGUUGAUGGAUAUGCCCUCCAUCCAUCCAAAUCCUUGUUCAAGUUAUUAACAAAUUAUAAUCCCAGUUGUUGAAUUCAAUGUGAAAAUCAACAGGAAUUGUCUGAUUUGUCACUGAGAAGUUAAAUGUUUGCUGAUGUUGGAUGGGUUCAGUCAAUUGUUUAUGUGGUACAACAUUGUCAUGCUAAUUCCAUUAGAUUAGGAGAAGUUUGUCCUCCCGAAUAUCUUUUCUGGAAAACCUGAAUCCCUUAAACAUCUGACAAUGAAAUUGGUUAUCUGUCAUUUUAUCUAAACUCAGAUGAACCUGAUUGUCUUUUAUUUGUAAAAUUACUGUUAUCUAAGUGAUCUCAUAUGUAUGAAGUUGAUAAUCAAAGUGGCAUUGCCAUGUAGAAUGGGAAUUUUGAUGAUUCCUCAUGCUGUCUUAUACACACGACAUUUGACACUGUUUUGUAUUGUCUGAUAACCUCAUUUAAGUCUCUAAUAUCUUUGAUACUGUAUAGGAUGGAGACAUUUGGACUUUCAGUGUUCGAAACUUCAAUUCACCACCUCCAGACCACACCAUCAGUGUCAACUAUGACGGAUUUGCUGAAGGUCAUAAUUAUUUGAUUAUUCAUUUCUAUUAAAGGAAACACUGGGUAUCUGGUUUCAGUAUGCUUUUUCCUGUAAAGAUUGCUACAUAUGCCGUUUUCAAUUCCAAGCUGGUUUUGAUAUGGUACAGAUGUAAAGGUGGGUGAUGAACUGCUUGUGGAUGGAGGAAUGGUACGUUUUGAGGUGAUUGCGAAGAUAGGACCUGAUGUUAGGUGUCGCUGCACUGAUCCUGGCUUGUUGCUACCACGGGCCAAUUUGACUUUCUUGCGUGAUGGUUGUCUAGUUCAAGAACGUAAUGCUAUGCUUCCUACCAUCUCCUCCAAGGUAUUAUUUGAGUAAUGUCAAUUUGUCAUUUCCAAGGUCAUUUAAGUAAGAAAUUGUACACAUUUUCACGGUAAAUUUCUUUCUUGAGUUGCAAAGAAUCCUGAUGACUGGCCUUAUUCUCGGAUUGGUUUUUUUAGAUAGCUGCUCACCUUUAUUCCUAUAGCGUUACUGAUUCAUCAGACAUGAUAACCAACUUAUCCGAUCCUUUUAUGUUAAUUUCGUAUUUUUUCAUGGUUCAUACGAUUCAGUGAAGGAAAUAUUUAAUGGGUUGUUGUUUUGAUAUUAUUUUUCUAGACUGCAUAUUAGUCAUUAUCACAUGUAAAGUAAGCUCAUAUUAUGGGUUUCUCUACUGAAUGUUUAUAUAUUUAUUAUGACUUACUAUUCUAAGUCUUGUUUCAUAUCAUAAGUUGUAUAUUUAUCGCACUUGUUAUUGACAUAUGUGUUGUCUAUUUUUAAAACUUCAUGAUCGUGACAGCUUGGAUAAACAUCAUAUAGUAAUGGUUUCCUGAAAGAGAUUUCGUGCUUUACUUACAACAAUAUUUUCUUGUUAUUCCGAUGACAAACUCAGGCACCAUGUCCGUGAAAUAGCUACAUAUAGAGUAUGAUGUUGUAGAGUUAAGGGGAGAUUGUUGAACAUGGAUUUGAGAUAUACUUCUGGUGAUCUUGGAAAAAAAAAAAAAAACCCAGUGUCAUGACGUACAAGUUUAAGUGCGUGGGAUUUUAUAAUCUUAAGGCCUUGGUGAGUUUGAACCAAGCAAAUCCUAUAAAAUCUGAUGAUGGGAACAUAAAAGCCUUAGAAUUUCAUGUUAAAACGUUAUCUGUUAUUGCAAUAAUCAGAAAUCGUCUAGCUUUCCACCAGCAGAAGACCGUAGUGUUCUUUCUAGCCCCAAUUGGCCAUCUUUUUGGGCGAAUCCAUUGAUAACGGGACACUAUGGAUUCUUCUUUGGCUUAUCAAUGAGAAAGCAGUACACAAACAAUAAAUUACACUUAAGAAAUAGUCAUCUCGUGGAGUCAACCAAAAUAUAAAUGUUUUGCUGGUCUUCAAUAAAUUUCGUGAAUGCUUGUCUGGUAUUGAUUAAAAACAGAUAUCCUGUAAGUACUCUAAUUCGUGAGCUAGGAAUUCUCUAUUUUACGAAAAACCCAGACUAGAAACAAAAAACCAUGGGGGUGUGAGGUCACUGAAUCGUCGUUGUGGAGAAGAUAAGAACAUUUGUGUGUAUUUUCUUUUGACCUGUCAUCCACUACUCGCUGUGGAUUCUAAUCUUCUGCCUCUCUUUUUUAGCAACAUGAGAUUCAGCUGUGCUCUUGACUUUCUUUACAUCUUCACGGGGUGAUGUUCUACAUACUUCUGGAAUGUCAACACCAAUCAAGCCAUAGUGCAGAUUACGUAUUUUCGGACGUUUGUUUACAUGUGACUCGUACCUGGGAAUUUGCAGGACUGGCUGGAUAUAGACUUUGGUAUUGCCGAAGGGGUUGACUUCAUAGCGAUUUCAUUUGUCAAGACCGCAGAGGUCAUCAACCAUCUCAAGAGCUACAUUGCUGCGCGGUCUCAUGGAAGGUAGAUCGACCCCUAAACGCUCCAUCUCACGCGUUCAGUGCAAGAAUGCACGUCUUUUUAUGUUACUCAUAGUGUUGUUCUUCUCUCUUCCAGUGACAUCUCUGUGAUCGCGAAGAUCGAGAGCGUCGAUUCCCUGAAGAACCUGGAAGAUAUCAUUCGAGCAUCGGACGGAGCGAUGGUAGCUCGAGGAGACCUGGGCGCCCAGAUCCCACUGGAAGAAGUGCCCAUGGCCCAGCGAAAGAUCGUCAAGCUUUGCAGGAAGCUGAACCGGCCCGUCAUCGUGGCGUCUCAGCUUCUCGAGUCCAUGAUCGAGUACCCGACGCCAACCAGGGCCGAGGUAGCCGACGUCUCCGAGGCCGUCAGGCAGCGGGCCGACGCUCUGAUGCUCUCCGGUGAGUCGGCCAUGGGCCAACAUCCAGAGAAGGCCCUCUCCGUUCUGAGAAAUGUUAGCCUGCGGAUCGAGAAGUGGUGGAGAGAGGAAAGUAAGCAUGACGCCGUGGAACUCCCCGGCAUCGCUUCCUCUUUCUCGGGCGGCGUAUCGGAGGAGAUCUGCAACUCCGCCGCCAAAAUGGGUAAGAGCUGCACUAGAUUGAUUUGCUUACUUGUGCUUCUGUGGGUUUUCCCCUGAGGUUGACUUUGACUUUUUCAGCGAACAACCUGGGGGCGGAUGCUCUGUUUGUGUACACGAAGAUGGGCCACAUGGGGUCCCUGCUCUCUCGGUGCCGGCCCGACUGUCCGAUCUUCGCCUUCACCCCCUCGGUGGCGGCCAGGCGGCGGCUGAACCUCCAGUGGGGUCUCAUCCCCUUCCGCCUCGCCUACUCCGACGACAUGGAGAGCAACCUCCGCCGCACCUUCUCCCUCCUCCGGGCCAGGGGGAUGAUCCACUCCGGCGACCUCGUCAUCGCCGUCUCCGACAUGCUCCAAUCUGUUCAGGUGAUCACCGUCCCCCCUGAAAAUUGA